AUGGCUUUUCCUCACUUCAAGCCUGCACCUGGUGAAGCAUCCUUCAGCGAAGCCUUGCUGAAGAGGAAUCAGGACCUUGCCCCCAAUUCUGCAGAGCAGGCUUCUAUCCUUUCUUUGGUGACAAAAAUAAACAAGGUGAUUGACAACUUGAUUGUGGCUCCAGGGACAUUUAAAGUGCAAAUUGAAGAAGUCCGAUGUCGGCCCAUAUUUCAUACAAGAUAUUUACAGCCAAGUUCUCUGGCCAUGUUUGGUUUCCAAGGCAGCUGCCAGACAAGCUGUGGCUAUCUAACGAAAACCUCAGGAUUAAUAGCAGGUUUAGAUCCACCCACAGUUCAGAGUACACCGAAAGUGAAGCAGAGGCAUAACGAUAGCAGUGAAUCAGAGAAGCCGCUAGCAGAGGAGAUGCAAGGAUUUCAAUUGUUCCCAGUGAUGGAGCAGAGAGAUGUGCAAGGAAAUCUGCCUAGAAUACAUACUCCUAUAUCAUUUAAGUUAUUCAAAGAAUUAAAAACCGCUUGCGCUCAAUACAGCACCAUGGCAAUCCUUUAUCCAGACACUGGUGGAAAAUACAGCUGUAGAAGGUCUGCCACCAGUGGAUUCAAAGCAGAUAGCCAAGGCUUGCCUGUCAGGAGGAGAUUAUUUAUUGUGGAAAACCAAUUUACAGAACAAUGUCAAGCCACAGCUGAGAGAAACAGGACUCAGCAGAUUCCAAUUUCGUAUGAGAUGCUGGAAGGCGAGGGGACCCUAUACGGGAACAAAUCAAUAGUUAGAUAUGAUAUAGUAGCAUAUGUCCAAAUUAAUGCAGCAGCCAAGAAGGCCUGGAGUAAGCUUCCAUCAUCAAAAGAACAGACCGAGGAGUUAUCUAGUAUAAGACAGGAACCAGAUGAGUUAUUUCAGGACUUUGUUUCCAGACUAACACAGGCAUCUAAUAAGUUGAUUGGAGACUCAGAAGCAGGACAAAUAAUAAUUAAACAGCUAGACUUUGAGAAUGCCAAUGCUGUGCCUGCAGAAGUAAGAGAUGUUGGGUCUUCUGGAAUUGGAGUUUGUAAGCUGCCCUAUCCCCAAAACUUUGGGGAGGAGUACCACAAGGAAGAUGACUUGGGAGACAGAAUUCUUGCUGACAGAGUCACAGGGUGGUUCAGGGCAUCACAUGACAAGGAGUGCCCAAGGUGUCCAGAAGAAGAAACAUAUCAGGCUUCCCUAGAAUUGGAGAGUUACAGGCAGUUACAAGCCAACCUAACAUUGGGUGCUGGAGUAGAAAUCAGGCUCUCUACAAGAGCAUGCCUGUGCCCAUAUAAUAGUCUGUCCAUCUACCACGGCUGUCCCCGCCUUGUGUUAACCUUCUUUGAGGAAACUGCUGCCAUCUGUGAACCAGGUAUGAUCUGCAUCAGGAAGCUGGCAAUCGGUCAUAUCUCCCCUGGUUCCAUGGUAUUCAGCCACUAUCUGAUGGCAGUCAUGAGAGUAUUUUGGAGAUCAAAAGAGUGGGAUAAAAAAACUUCAACAUUUCCUUCGGACGAGAUGCUGACACAAAGCAAAAAAAAGCAUGUUAAAAAGGGAAAGCCUAAGAGAUCAAGCACCCCCAGUGACCAUGAGGAGUCUAUGGAGCAGCUGAGUUACAGUCAAGUGGUCACGUUCCCCUGCUCUGUCUGCCACCAAGAAAUCAACACAGCUGGAACUUUUCUCCAUAAGAAACAUCACAAUGCUCUGAGUAUGCUGGGUUUCCAGUGGAUGGGAGGGAAAAAACCAAAGCCCUCAGUGAUCAGUAUUCAGAGACAGUUUGUGAUUUCUAAACUACUGACAUCCUUCAUGUUCAGUGAAAAAGUCCUUCAGAGUAUGAAUUAUGCCUUUGAGCUGCUUUGGAAAAAACAAGUCCCAUUAUACUUCAGACUUUGUGAUAAGGUUGGCCACACUUCCAUGCAUUCUCCAAAUAUCUCCCAUCUGGUGAUUAAAGGGGUAGCCAUCUGUGGCAACAGCAAUUCCACCUGGAAAGCUGACUCGAAUGGUAAAUUCACAGUCAUGAAUGAUUUUGGUGGUAAAGCCAAUGUGUGUUUUUUUGGCUUGUUCGAUGGCCAUCAUGGCAGUGCAGCAGCGGACCUGGCAUCAAAGGAGUUCCAGGUUUUACUUCUCCAUCAACUGUCUAAACAUGAUCCUUCCUACCAAAUGACAGCUGAGCAGCAGCAACUGAUUGAUUCCUUUCACACUGUGUUCAGGGAAGAAUACAGAGCCAAAGAAGAGGCUUUCUCUUCCACAUACAAAACCUUCAGAACCCAUAGACGGGAGUAUGAGGAAAUACACAAAGGCUUUGCAAAGGCGUUUUGGAGAAUGGAUAGGCUUCUACGGCUCGGAAGGAAUGAGGUUUCUCGGGUUCGGUGGAGUGGCUGCUCUGCGUUCACUUGUAUAAUAGAGGGUGCAAUCAAGAACCCAUAUACUAGUAAGGACUUGACAAAAACAGACCAGCAGGGCGUUGAGAGUUUUCAUUCCCAGAAGACACCACAGAUCAUCUCCGGGGUACUACACAUUGCAAAUGCUGGUAAUGUGCAAGCAGUCUUAUGCAGAAAUGGAAAAGGGUUUUGUCUGACAAAAGAACACUCGACACGAAACACCAAAGAGAGAAGAAGAGUCCUUGAGAGAGGAGCAGUUAUCAGUUCAAAUGGCCUCCUGGAAGGUCACAUAAAAACCACCAGAGGUCUUGGAUUUCAUGGAAACCUCACAUUGAAGAAGUUCAUUAUUCCAGCACCCCGAACAAUUUCUGUCCCUCUAGAUGAUCUAUGUCAGUUUCUCAUUGUAGCCACUAAUGGGCUUUGGGAAGUUCUGGACAAGAAGGAAGUCACUGCACUGGUAAUAACCUUGUUUCAUGCAUAUAAAGAAACAUAUGUUUCUGGUCCUAAAAACAAAUCCUGGCCAUCUAACAAGCCUCUUUCCCCAUCAGACAGUAACAUCCGAGUGCUGUUCCAGUACAAACCUGAAUAUGAAGAAGGUAUGUCAACUACUAAUCUAAUGAAAAGGUCGUCUGAUUCAGUACAUUCUGAAGCUUGCAUUCAUCAGGCUAAAAAUGCAGAAACAUUUUUUCCAGAAGGGAGAAGUUAUGACCCUUGCAGCAAGAAAGAAACUAACAGUUUACCCAGUAUAGACAGUAAGAAGGGAAGCAAUAAAGAACUAUAUGCUAAGAAUUUCUAUGAAGGUGCAGCUGAGUACAUUGGCUGUGAACUUGUAAGUGCUGCUUUAGAAGGUGGUUCCAGAGACAGCAUCACUGUUAUGGUAAUGUUUCUCAAUGGGAGUGAGUAUCAGCUGCUGUCAUAA